GCCGUGAGGUCAUUCGGCGUGGUGUUCUUCCCGCGCGCUGCUGCACUUCCUUGUUUUCCUAAAGUAACUCGCGGGCUCGUUAUGGCUGUGUAUUCAGUGCAACUCCGGGCUCCGGUCUGGUCGAUGUUGAGGAGUGCAGCUCAAUGCACGAGGAGUUUCGGGAGUCGUGCGGAGACCGAGAAGUUGACUGUGCGCUGUGAGAAGGACGGCGUGAGGAACAUUAUUCUCAACAAUCCAAAGAAAAGGAAUGCCCUGUCCCUGGCUAUGCUGAAUUCUCUUCAUGCUGACAUUCUCCAUGAGGCAGACAGCAGUGCUCUAAGAGUUAUAAUUAUUUCAGCUGAAGGUCCAGUAUUUUCCUCAGGCCAUGACUUAACAGAGCUAACAUCAAAGCAAGGACCUGAGCAUCACACGAAAAUCUUUGAGACUUGUGCAGAGGUGAUGCAUCUGAUUCAAGAUAUUCCAGUGCCAGUUAUAGCUAAAGUAAAUGGUACUGCCACAGCAGCAGGUUGCCAGCUCGUUGCCAGUUGCGAUAUUGCCGUGGCAUCUAAUAAGUCGACGUUUGCCACCCCAGGGGUCAAUGUUGGUCUGUUUUGUUCAACACCUGCUGUUGCCCUUGGCAGAGCUGUACCCAGGAAGGUGGCCCUGGAGAUGCUUUUUACUGGUGCACCAAUCUCUGCCAACGAUGCUUUACUUCAUGGCCUGGUGAGCAAAGUUGUCCCAGAAGAAAAACUAGAGGAGGAAACCAUGAAAAUUGUUAGGAUGAUCUGUAAAGCCAGUAGGCCUGUGGUGGCUCUGGGAAAGAACACAUUUUAUAGACAAAUGGCUCAGGAACGUAAAACUGCAUACAGAUUGGCCUCCCAGGUUAUGGUAGAAAAUUUAGCACUGAUAGAUGGACAAGAAGGGAUAAAAGCCUUCAUUGAAAAACGCCAGCCUGUUUGGACAAAUUCACCUGAUAAUGCCCAUGAGUAGAGCAGUAAAAGCAGAGGAUUUUUUUUUCUCAUGCCAAAAUGAUACUUUGUCUCCAAAUGUUUCAUAAAGGGGUAAGGUUUGUGCAUGGAAAACAGGUAAUAAUGUAACCCAUAAACAUGAAAGAUAUGUACUUAAUUUAUUGUUAGUAAUUACUUAAUUCAUGUGAUUAAAAAAACAACAACAACAAAAAUCAAAAGUACUUCCACAAAUCAACAAACAAGGUGAGUUAUCAGAAAAGCCCAAGUCUAAUUACACUGGGAUUUUGUGUUAAAGGAGGAAUUAACUUUGUUUACAUGACAUUCUGCCAGCACUGUGGCUUUGCAGGAUCUGAGCUUGACAGCCCAGAUGUGUUGUGACAUCCAGUUCAAAGGAUUUACCAAACAUAUGAUGUAUAUUUUGGGGUAAACAACAUUUUAAGCUGCUGGAAGUUCCAGUGCAUUGUCUGUGACUUUAGCCCAGAGUUAAUGUUUCUCAUAGUAAUUCCACCUGUUGACUCAAAGUUGGUGCUUUUAUUCCUCUGGUGAAUCAAAUGUACAGUAUAUCUGUAACUUACACUGUCUGUACCUGGAAGAGCUCUACUGUGUUCAGUACACAGCAUUAUAUUAUAUUGCAUUAUAUCUCA